AUGGAACGCCGGAAAACGCUGACCAUGAGCUGGGACGGCCUUGGCGACGUUGACGACGACGACGCCUUCUUUGAGUCCUACAACCGCCUCUCCACGGCCGUUCCCCACGACCUCGCUUCUUCCUCCGAAGAUGAAGAUGAAGAUUUCGACGACCCUCGAUUGUCCUUUGCCUCAGCCAUUUCCUCUGCUCAAUCUCGAAAACCUAGAGCCACUCCACAGACCGAUCCAGCUCCAGAUUACGGGAUAUGGAUGGCAGCCCCUGCUUCAAUCAGCGAAAGAAGAAAGCGAUUGCUCCAUGGCAUGGGCCUCGACGACAACAAAGAGUUCUUGAAGGCCACCAGCAUCAAGCUCAAUCACGCAAUCUCAAGAAAGUUUGAACAAGAACAGGACAAUCCUGUUUCUUUAAAUUCAACAAAGACAUCAAAGCUUCCUCCCACCACUGUUACUGUUACUACUUGUAAUUCCUCCUCUAUUACUGAGGAGAAAAGAACAGAGCCAACAGAGCGCACCUCUGUUCCUCUGGGUUUGGUUCGGUCGCGUUCUGAGAGCGACAUGGAUUCGUUCUCCGUUGAAAAGUUCAGGAAAGAAGAGUUGAUCGGCAAGGCGUCGAAGCAGCGCCUCAUGAGGACUGCCACUGACAUAGCCUUUCCUCGGAAGGUUGCUAAUAAUGCUGAUGGAAACAGAGUGGGGGUGAGGGAUUCUGAUGAAACAGGACGAUCCAAGCGUAAAUUGGAGGAAUCAGGAGUACGAGCGUUCUUCUUGAUAAAGAAUUUGGAUACUGGAAAAGAGUUUAUUGUGAACGAGUAUGGUGAAAAUGGGACGUGGAAUAGGUUGAGUGACUUGCAAACUGGGAAGCAAUUAACGAUGGAGGAGUUUGAGAAGACAGUGGGGCAAUCGCGCGUGGUGAAUGAGCUGAUGAGGCGUGCGAACGUUGGAAGGAACGAGGGUUACUCGAGGAAAUUGUCGUCGAGUUCGUAUAUUUCGAGGAGUUUGAGGAUGAGCAAGAGGAGAGGUGCUGCAUUGUUGAAGAACAUAAAGGGUGUGGCCAGUGGCUUCAUUGGGGAGAGAGAAAGGGAAGCGGUGCAUGUGCAGGCGCAAGUGACGGAGGCAAAGAAUCAAUGGGUGAAAGUUCGGCAAAGUGGCAAGUCACACAAAGAACUCUCAGCGUUGCAUCUUUGUCAAGAGCUUCUGGCUCAUGAAGGAUGCAUUUGGACCAUUAGGUUUAGCUUAGAUGGUCGUUUUUUGGCGAGUGGUGGAGAGGACAAUGUCAUUCACGUUUGGGAAGUUCAAGAAUGUGAGGUCAUGUCUCUGAGGCCUGACGAGGGAAAUCUCACUCCCCUUCAUCCCUCACUGCUCUCUUCCGUUGACCGAAAUGCCCAAACAGAGCCUUCUUCUUCACCUUCUUGGAGUCAGAAGAAGAAGAAAGGCAAAUUUGGAAGCAAAAGAGGGAGCCUCAUUCCAGAAUAUGUUCAUGUUCCCGACACUGUUUUCUCCCUUUCUGAGAAGCCACAUUGCUCUUUUCGAGGACAUUCGGAUGAUGUUUUGGAUUUGUCUUGGUCUAAAUCUCAGUUGCUUCUCUCGUCUUCGAUGGAUAAAACAGUGAGAUUAUGGGAUUUGGAAACCAAGACUUGUUUGAAGAUGUUUGCUCAUAAUGACUAUGUAACCUGCAUACAAUUUAAUCCUAUCGACAAUGAUUAUUUCAUAAGUGGUUCACUUGAUGCUAAGGUCAGAAUAUGGAACAUCCCUGAACGCCAUGUUGUGGAUUGGACUGAUAUCCAUGAAAUGGUUACUGCUGUCUGUUAUACCCCUGAUGGUCAAAGUGCUUUUGUUGGUACACAUAAAGGGAGUUGUCGUACCUAUAGCACAGAAGAUUGCACAUUAAGUCAAACAGGCACUAUUGAGCUUCGACGCAAGAAGAAAUCUCAACUAAGAAAGGUCACUGGUUUUCAGUUUAACCCAAGUAAACCAUCAGAGGUGCUCGUUACUUCAGCUGAUUCAAGGAUCAGAAUUUUGGAUGGUUCAGAAGUCAUUCACAAGUUUAGAGGUUUUAAAAAUGCCAACAGCCAAAUUGCAGCUUCAUUUAGUCCGAAUGGGAGAUACAUUAUUAGUGCAAGUGAAGAUUCUCAAGUAUAUGUCUGGAAACAUGAAGAGCAUGGAAGCGCAAGCAUUGGGAAAGGUAGAAAUAUUAUUGUAACCCGAUCUCACGAGCACUUCCAAUGUAAAGAUGUUUCAAUAGCAAUAGCAUGGCCCUGGACCAAAAGGGGUGAUCCCCUACCAAUGCCAAUGAAUAAAUCUAAAAGGCAUUCAAAACAUUCUCAGGCAUCUUCUAGUUUUAGAGAAGACACCACUUUUGGAACAAACAGUAAGAGAAUGUUUCCACCUCUUCCCAAGAAGAGUAAUAACCAUACAACAGAAAAUAACACUUCUUCCCCAAAGGAAGAUCUUGCAGCAAUUUCACGCACAGAAUCUGGAUUAGGUUAUUCAUUUUCAAAUAGUAAGAGAAUGAUGCCACCACCUCCGGUGAAAACUAACUGCCACUCCACAGAAGAAGAAGACCAUGAUGCAAUUUCGCGCACAGAUUCAGGAAUUGGAGAUUCAUUUAGUUCAAGCUCAUCAUCAUCAGUUAGGUGUGGUGAUUCACCUUCAAUAUCUGAUGCUGCCACUUCAUCAUGGUCUUCUUCUUAUUCAUUAUCCGAAAUUAACCAUGGUUCCUCAACAAUACAUCCUUCAGCAUGGGGCUUGGUAAUUGUGACAGCUGGGUAUGGAGGUGAAAUCAAAUGUUAUCAAAAUUUUGGGUUACCCAGAAGGUUGGGUCGGCAACCCCAUCUUUUUGGAGGUUAUAACAGUUUCUCUCAUGGUAACACCUAG